AUGGAGAACGGUGACGCUGGGUACCGCUGCGACCUCGACGUGCAAGUCGCCAGCACAGCGACGGGCCAGCGCAAGUCGUCCAAGUCGCUUCGUGGCGUCCGCAUCCUCAAGCGUGCAGGCGGCCUCCAGGUUCUUGCGGCAGGCGCCAAGAUGGCAAUCCGGACACCGUCGGCCGAAGUGUACUUUAGCCAAAUCCAGCGCGGCAAGAUGACGUUCAUCAAGCGGGAUGCGACGACCUUUACGCAGUACAACCUCUUCAAUGGCACGCCCGACGACUUGAUUGCGCUCCGCGACUUUGCGCUCACGCAAGGCGCCGUGUCCAAGACCACAAUGCGGAUCGUGUCGCCGCUCAAGACCCUGGCAACGACGAUGCGUGCACCGCUGAGCGACCGAACCAACCACGUGUUGAAGACGCCGAGUCCGUCGCCGGCAAAGAAGCUGCGCAAGCGCCGAGCGUCGUCGCCGCCUAGGGCGCGUGCGCUGGCAUCCUCCCAGCCGACCAAGCGGUCGCGCGUCGCCCUCACCAGCGAGCAGCAAGAGAUCAUUGAUGCAGUGGCUCGGAAGGAGAACGUUUUCUUCACGGGCCGCGCCGGCACGGGCAAGUCGUACCUUCUUCGACAGCUGCAAAAGCGACUGCCCCAGGAAGGUCUCUACAGCACUGCGACAACAGGCAUCGCUGCCUACCACAUCCACGGCAUGACGCUGCACCACUUUGCCGGCUUGAGCGCGACGCUACCCUCGACAAAGCUCGCCGAUGUCGUUGCAUCUAAGCAAUUCGUGUCUACUGCAUGUAGGUGGCGCGCCGCUCAGAUUCUGAUUGUGGACGAAAUCUCAAUGCUGGAUGGCGACCUCUUUGAGCUUCUCGAAGGCGUCGCCCGCAAGAUCCGCAAGUCGCAGGCGUUCUUCGGUGGCAUUCAACUCAUUCUCUCGGGCGAUUUUUAUCAACUGCCGCCCGUCACGACCGACAAGCAAGCCAUCUUUUGCUUCGAGGCGCCGAGCUGGGACACCGGCAUCAAAGCAACGUUUUCGCUCAACCAAGUGUUUCGCCAGAAAGACCCAGAGUUCAUCACGAUCCUCAACGCCAUCCGCGAAGGCACACACACGCAGGUAGACCUCAUCGCUGCGCUUCCAAGUCGUUCAUUUUCAAUUGCACAGGAGAUGCUCACCAAGCUCAAUGAGCGUGUUGAGCCCGCUGCGCAAAUCAACCCGACCCAGGAUGCGAACGACGACGACGACGCCAUCCACAUCUUUACGCACAACGCCGACGUCCUCCAGGUUCUGCACUUCAACACACGUUACCUCUUUGGCUGCCCUGUGCCAACGCGCGUCGUUCUCAAAAAGAACGCCAAGGUCAUGCUCACCAAGACGAUCUCCGUUGCCAAUGGUCUCGUCAACGGCUCCCGCGGCGUCAUCCUGGGUUUUACGCCAGGAGCGAUGCUACCGUUCGUGCGCUUCACCAACGGUAUCUCGCAAGUCAUUCCGCUGGAAGAGUUUGGUGUGACGGCCAACGAUUCGGUCAUCGCUAGUCGCCAGCAGGUUAUCCCACUCACGCUGGCCUAUGGCAUCAGCAUCCACAAGAGCCAAGGGCUCACGUUCGACCGCGCCAUCUUGCACCUCGGCAAGGUCUUUGAGUACGGCCAAGCGUACGUGGCACUCUCCCGCAUCUCGUCGCUGCAAGGUACUCGCUUUUAA